UUUUCAGGGCAACCGGGGUCAGAGCGAGGGGUCGCACGGUUUUCUUCCCCUCGCCGACCCCACGUCAGCGGCUGCUGCUCCGAAACGAGACAGGAUCGAGCCAACAGCGGGUAACAGCUUCACUGCGCCUGCUCCGGACAGUGUGCCCGCCCUUCGCCGGUGCUGCAGUGCGCCUGCGCUGCCCUCCAGCUGAGUGAGCGGAGGAUUUUGUAAAUGCUCUUGCUUGCAUUUCCCACCAAGUCAUGCGGUUUGAUUUCACAGGUUCUGUGAACUCCUUUUAUGCAGGAUGAAUGCUUGAGGGGAAACACAAAUGAAGAGGCAGACUCGGAUCUUGAUGAAUAUGAUCAGCCUCUGUGGAAGGAUUGAGGUUUAUGUUCUGCAUGUGCGAAAAUGUUUUAGAUACCGGUGCGACUGAAAAGAUACUGUGAAACCCGAGAAGCAAACCCGCCAGUCCCCUAAAAUAGGAGUGUACCAGAAAUACGUGAACCAGUCGUGCAGUCUGAACAGACAUUGCACCAUUCACAACGGAGACUGUGUGUUUAUGUGCGUUCUGUGAGUGGACAAAACUUCCAAUGAUUGUUCAACUCGGAGAAGUACAGCAACACGAUGGAGAAACCAUGGAAAUGUGAAGAUUGUGGUAAAGGAUUCAACUACCCAUCUCUGCUGGAAAAUCAUCGACGCAGUCACACAGGUGAGAAGCCGUACACUUGCUCGGUCUGUGAGAAGGCAUUUACCCAGUUAUCUUGCCUACAGUCACACCAACAAACUCACACGGAGGAGAGGCCGUUCACUUGCAGUUGUUGUGGAAAGCGGUUCCGGUCUUCGUCCAACCUCACUGCACACCUGCGAGUUCACACAGGUGAGAGACCAUUCACCUGCUCCGAGUGUGGGAAAGGAUUUACUCGAUCCUCCCAUUUGCUUGAACACCAACAAACACACACUGAGGAGAGGCCUUUCAGUUGCUCAAAUUGUGGAAAAAGGUUCAGGUCUUCACCCAAUCUUAUUGCUCAUCAACGAGUUCAUUCUGGGGAGAGAUGCUUCAUUUGCUCUGUGUGUGGGAAGGGAUACACUCAUCCGUCCAAUUUGCUCAUACAUCAGCGAACUCACACAGGGGAGAGGCCAUUUACUUGCUCUGUGUGUAGGAGGAGUUUCACAAAGUCUUUUAACCUGGUAAUACACCAGCGAACUCACACUGGGGAGAAACCAUUUAUCUGUUCUGUGUGUGGGAAGGGUUUCAGUCAGCCAUCAAACCUGUUGACACAUCAGCGAGUUCAUAAAUGACAACUGGGGUUAAAUCCUGCUGCUAACCGUGUUAACAACUCCUAUGAAAGGCUGGAGAUUAGUAUUCUGUAAAUGUCGCUGAUUUUUUUGUGGCUGUUGUUUGAAAAGGUAUCUGUGCUGCUUACACUCAAUCCAGUUUAAUUUCCAAGAAUCCUGACAGUGUGGGAGCAGGUCAUUUGGCUCAUCAAGUCCACACUGACCGCCACCCUCAUCCAAACAGCACCUCACCAAGACCCGCCCCAUAACACUGCAUUUCGCAUGGCCAAUCCCCCUAACCUGGACAUCUUUGGAUUGUAGGAGGAAAGCACAGCACAAACACUGGGAGAAUGUGAAAACUCCAUACAGCCAGGCAUCUGAGGGUAGAAUCAAACCUAGGUCCCUGACGCUGUGAGGCAGCAGUGCUAACCACCGUGCUGCCCUAAAUUUAAACCCAUCUAGUUCAUUAAUGCUGUUUAUGGAAGGAAAUCUUAUUCUGGUCUUGCCUACAUGUGACUCCAGACAGCAAUGCGGUUGCAUUUUAUUUACCUGCAGUCACUCAGUACCAGGCGAAACAAGGAAUGUACAACACUUCCCUGACUUGCCAGUGAUGACCAGACCCCAUGAAAGACAAAAUUUAAAAAUGUUUCAACAAAAACUCAUUUACAAUAAAAUCAUAAAUUUAUAUUUCAGUCCGAAAUUGAUUUUCAUUGCAAAUUUUUAAAAGUUCACUCGAGAUUCGGGCAGCACUGGCUAGACCAAUGUUCAUUGCUCAUCCCUAAUUGCCUGUGAGGAGGCAGUGAUGGAGCUACCUGCUGGAAUCGCUGCAGUCAUUUGAAGUGGAGGGAAACCCACAGUGAAGUAAAGAAAGGAGAUCCAGGAUUUUCACCCAGUGCAGUGAAGAAACAGUGAUAUAUUUCCAAAUUAGAAUGAUGUGUGGCAAAACCGACCUGAUGCACAAUAUUAACACAACCACCAGAAGACUGCCUCACUUGAAAGUAGCCAAGAGAGUUAUGCAAUAGGCCAGAUACUGUGCAAGUAAACGCUCAAUCUGUCUACAUUAAGAAUUUCAAUUUUUCCAUGACAACAGAAAUCUACAUGCCAUGAUGGGAUCAAGAGGGUGCUUGGCCCAAACAUUCCCAAAAUUGCCGCCUUAAUAUAUCAUCAGGCAAUGAAGACCUCACUGAUAGCAGUAAAUGGAUGACUAAAAAUACUCCUGAGUUGGAAAUCUCGCAUUCUCUGCCUGAUGCUGUUCUGCAGCUUCCUGUCAUUGUUGUGUCAGAUGAGAAACCCUCAUUUUACACUUGAAAAAGCCAUUGAUUCCUGAGCAAGUGAAAAGACACUUGUCAGUACUAAUAUUCCAACCGACCUGCUCAAGCACAGAAACUCUGAUCGGCUGUCACACCCUCACCACCUCCUUCGCUGGGAGCUCGGGUCCUUUUGCACAGGACACAUUUGAUGCUAAAAUCUUGGGAGUUUAUAAAAACUGAGGUGCAAGAGGAAACUGCAGUUACCACAGGGAGAUCUCACUCAGCAUGAUAAGGAGGGUCAGGUUUAAAACAGUUUAUUUACAGUGCUGUUUCUGUAGUGUCAGAUAAAUAGUGGACAUAUGCCAGCUGCAAGAAAAGUGUCCAAAUGGUAUUUAAUUGAAAAUUCUACUAGCUUCUGUACUGAGAAGAGUGAAAUGUUAUAAUUACUGAGUGGCAGUAAAUGUCUCAUGAUGAAUAACAACUUACUUGUACAGUGUAAAGGCAGCACAGUGAUUCCCUGAAGAUAAUUACAGAAUUAAGGUUAUGAUCAGGAGCUCACAAGCAGUGGGAAACUCCAUUCUCAUUACCUCUUUUUAAUCUGAAAAGUUUGAAGCUUUUGUUUACUUUUGAAAGCAAAUCUUUUCAGUCCUAUUUUUCAACAGUUUUAUUAUAUUAUGCUGUAAUAAAGGCACCUGGAGAAAGAGCAAAAUAAGAAGCAAACUUUGGGCAAAGCUGAGAAAAUGCCAAAAGAAUUGGAAAAACGAAGACUAAACUGGUGUUUGGAUCUUUGAACUGGAAAUAAAGGUUACAUAAAGUUGAUGUGAUUGUGAACAUUUGUGAAAGUGAGUCAAAAAAUUAACACUUUCCACUGGCAACACAGUGACAAUAUAAACAAAAGACUUUGCCUUUUAAGAAAUCUGGCUUUGUCCCAUUUCUUUCGAGAGUGAAUGUUCAAGAACAAGAGAUAUAUAGGAGUUCUGCUGCUGAUUUACAAACACCAUAAGAUCAUAAAUUGUAGGAGCAGAAACAGGUCAUUCAGUCUAUUGGAUCUGCUCUGCUAUUCAAUGAGAACAGGGUUAAUCUGAUAAUCCUCUACUCCACUUUCCUCCCUUUUCCUGAUAACCCUUAAUUCUCUUACUGAUUAAAAAUCUUAGACUUGAAUAUAUUUAACAACUUGGCCUUGACAGCGCUUUGCAAUAAAGAACUGCACACAUUCACAAUCCUCUGGAAGAAGAAAUUCCUCCUUAUUUCUGCCUUAAAUGUGGGACCCCUUAUUUUGAGACCCCUUUGGUCCUAGACUUUCCCAUAAGGGGAGAGCAGAUAAUGAGAAUAUUCAAUCGGACAGUAAAAUUCCUCCAGUGCUCCUGAAUGUGAUUGAGCAUAAUUAAUAUGAUGUCCCAGUUAGAAUAAUAGAGAAAAUCACAAAACCACGUGGGAAUUGGAGAGAAACUGCCUUUAUCAGGUUAAGUGUUGUAUAUUGAUUGGGUGGCUCAAUGGUUAGCACUUAAAGAGCAAGAAAGUGGCAGGGUAAAUCGCUCCAUUCAGAGCUCCAUUCUAUUCGCUAGUUCCCUUUCUAUUCUUUUCCUCUCACCUCUCUGUCGUAAUUCUAUCUCCCCGCCCCAUCCCUGCCCUUUUAACUACGUACCUAAGGACUCGAAGAGCAGUUGGGUUGUGACCGGGUACCGUGUGGUGGGAGCUGAAUGCGCGGGCUGUGUCCUGCAGUGACAGCGGAUUGAGUGUGGGCCAGAGCGAUGUCGACGGUGAGAGCGGCCUGGUGUGUCAGCAGCAGUUGGUGGCAAGAAUGGGCUGGUAAAGUGCAACGGUGGCCUGGUGAUUGCAUUGUGCGAUCUGCACUGUUGUGGAGAUGGGACUUGUUCCUCUGGGUUCUGGACUUUUUCUUCUUGCUUACCUUUUGGCUCUGUUAAAUCUUUUAAUUCUGGCUUUUGUAACCAAGUGGGCGCCAGUGAUUGGCGAUUUUGUGCACUUUUCACUGUACUCAUGUAUUCCUAUCCUUAGUACAUGUGACAAAUAAAUAAAUCUAAUAUAAUCUGUUGC